AAAGAAAAAGAAUGAUAAUAUAACUAAUACAGUUGAUAGUUCUGCUACUUCACCUUUAUCUCUUAGAGAUGUAUUUAACAGCAAGUCCUCAACUCAAAAAUCCAUGGUGAAUCAAGAUAUAUUUCGUGAUCAAGUUGAAUCUAAUAUGACUAUUCAUAAUAGUCCAGUUCAGCAACUAUCUUCAAAAAUAGUAAAAAAAUAUCCAGAAUUAUUAUUAUCUGAUAAAUCUCAAUCGCAAUCUACAAUGAAAACAAGAUCUGUUUUAUCAAAAUCAACUACUAAUGUUCCAUUACCAUCAUCUACAUUGGAAGCUAUUAAACAACAAGAAAUAACAAGUGUUAAGCGUAGAAGACUAAAAGAAAUAGAAUUAAAUAAUUUAUUAGCAAAAC